AUUUGUUGUCAAUGUCAAAUUAAUCGAUACCUAACCUCACCCGCUUGGUAGGUUUUCUGACGUGGAAAUUAAUUCCAUCUGUACAAGAAUUUUAUUCUUCAUAUUAAAAAUGGAUCUGGCGAACUUAUUUGAUGAUGUUAAACGGAUGAAUAAACGACAGUUUAUCUACCAAGUACUUAGCUUCGGUAUGAUAGUUUCAUCUGCUUUGAUGAUAUGGAAAGGACUCAUGGUAGUUACUGGUAGUGAGAGUCCCAUUGUGGUAGUUUUAUCUGGUAGUAUGGAGCCAGCAUUCCAUAGGGGAGAUCUGCUAUUUUUAACAAACUACCCCGAAGAACCUGUAAGAGUUGGCGAAAUAGUUGUAUUUAAAGUAGAAGGAAGAGACAUUCCAAUUGUUCAUAGAGUGCUUAAACUUCAUGAAAAGAAAAACGGAACCGUUAAGUUCUUAACAAAAGGAGAUAAUAAUAGUGUUGAUGAUAGGGGGUUGUAUGCUCCUGGACAACUAUGGUUAACCAAAGAUGAUGUAGUAGGCCGAGCGAGGGGCUUUUUACCUUAUGUAGGAAUGGUCACUAUUUUGAUGAAUGAAUAUCCUAAAUUUAAGUUUGCCGUCUUAGCGUGUUUGGGGAUGUAUGUCUUGGUGCAUAGGGAGUAAAAUUAAUUAUAAAAUUUUUUAAUUUAAUUUUUGUUACUUAAAAUAAACAACAAAUUUUGAAA